AUGCAGUCAAGUCAGGAGUUGCCAGAAACCUCACGAUCACUGCCUGACGCUUGGGAGACCGCAGUGCACCAUCUCCAGGAAGCACUGCUGGAGCGAAGACACCCAACGCAGCACUCGACUGUGGAGAGGCAGCAGCUCAAGGAUGCACUCCGGUGGCUCGUGUCUACAUCGCAACGCGCCUCAGUUCCUUUUUGUCGCUAUGCGGUAUUAUUUUUGAAGGAAUUCGUGCGAGAACAAGUUUGGGAAGCGCUUCUGGAGCCGGUGCUUGGGUGCACCCAUAGCACCUGCGCUCCCUGGAACGACUCGAGGAAGCGUCUAACCGGGACUGCGGACUGCGACACCCCGACGAGCUUCGACCCAGCGGCUACGAGAGCGUGUAUCGCGGAGGCUGCAGAACUGCUCGAACAAGCACUUCAAGUCAUGGACGUCGUGGCUGAGCGUCUAGAUCCAUCUAGGCGGCUCUACUGGCGGGGUGCGCUCUCCGUCGAUGCACAGGCCGUCAUCCUACAGCAAGUGACGCAAACGGCGAUGCGACGCCUUGUACGCAGUAUGUUUGUUUGGGCGCUCCAGGACGCUGAAGAACAAGUGGUUACAGGAAACUCGGACGAACUCGGGCAUGUACCCAGCCAGUAUGACUCGCUGAGAGCACAGCAGCGCCACCUACGCUCUGAAGGAGAUUGCGCCCAAGCAGUUCCACUACUGCUAGCGGACCUCGAGAGGCAGCUUGCUGUGCUGGGGCUCCUAGAUCAAUGGAGAGACCUCGUUGUAGUUCAGAUCUACGAGUCUAUUGAAGAGCGAGCUUACCGGCUUGCGCGGGAUGAGCUUCACGAAGGCGUUCUCGACGACCUGCUCGCAUGGGUCCAGAAGCUUCUACAACCAUGGGUAGCUGUGAUGCCGCUCGAUCCUCCAGAUGCUGAAAUAUCUAUGAGAGAAGGCGUGCAGUCCACCAGUGGUUCAGCGUUUGAGCGCAAGGUAGGUUAUUUCACCCAUGAGACGCUGCUCCAUGCGCGCUUAUCGCAGCUUUUUGAUCUUAUCGUUGAAUAUCCAGCCUCAAAAGCACCGCUUUUGGAUAUACGGCGGUGCCUUGAGAGCACAGAUGCACUCCAGGAAACAACCCAGAGUUUGUGUAGCCAACUGGAACGACGACUCCUGCAUCCUGGUGCCUCUACGAGUGAUAUCUUGCACCAUUUUGUGAAUACGAUACAGUCUUUGCUCCUGGUUGAUCCUCAUGGAUAUCUGCUUGCGCGAGCUACGACCCUGGUGCGACAGUAUUUGCGUAGACAGUGCCCCGAAGCCAUGACGCGCCUGGUGGAGCUGUUCACGAGUCCCGAGUACGCGGAACUUUUCGCCCUGAAUGGGCAGCAACAGCAACAGCAACAGCAAAUAGAUCAUUGUCCGGGCCCAAGGUUCCAUGCAUAUACCCACCUCGAGGAUGCCUCCUCCGACGAUACCGACGAUAGCAGGUCAGAGACGGACGCCGACCCAGCUUCGUCCGAUGGCAUGUUCUCCGUCUCUGGUCUGGAGACCCGCGGACAGAUUGCGCAUCGUUUUGCCCAACACGAUAUCCUGCACAUCCUCAUGGGUGUGUGUGGAGGACGGGAGCGUUUCAUAGCUGAGUUUCAGUUUUACCUUGCACGAAAACUGACCACCGUCAUGGAUUAUGAGUUUGAGCUUCUCGUACGUAACCUGGAGGUGCUCAAGGUCCGCCUCGGAGAGACCAGCCUGAACGAUGCAGACAUUAUGCUCAAGGAUAUCUCGGAUUCCCGACGUUUCAUGAAUUUUAUUCGCCAAGAAAAACACAUGGAACUAGACUCCAAGCAGCAAACAGAACUAGUGUUCAUCUCAUACCUCUAUUGGCCUUUGCUGUGCCCCGAGGCGGGGACUCACUUUGGGCCACCUGAACGCACUCAGUCGCUGCUUGCUCCGAAUCUGACCGGAUCGGAGUACUUUGCAACCCUCAAAAGUUAUGCCCAUCACUUGAAUGCGGAUCUCGAGCAGUUCAUCCGCUUAUGCCAGGAGAGUUUCGCGCGCCAGCGAGCGCCCCGAGUCCUGCACUGGAUUCCAGUAGCAGGAGUUUGCGAUCUGGAGCUCGAAUUUGCUGAUGGCCGCCAUGUGGAGUUUACGAACGUCCCGCUUCUGAAUGCAAUGCUCUUGGAGCUUUUCGCUGAACAACCACGCUGGAGUCGGAAUGCGCUCAGGCAGAAGCUUUUCCUGCUUGAACCCGGCGGAGAUGCUACGCCUGAUGCGGCAUCUUCGUUGCCGCCGUAUGACGCGCUUCUCCAAGGCGCGCUCCGUUUCUGGUCUCGCCAUGGAAUCCUGCGUCUCGUCGACGAAGGUGAUUUCUAUGAAAUCGUUGAGCACGGAGGAACCGAGCCAAAUACGCGGGAAUGGCAAGCGUCUCCUAUCGAUGCUACCCAGAUAGAUCCCAUUGCAGACGCGCUGAGCGCUGUACCUGGCCCUGCGACCGAAAAGAUCCAAGACAAGGACGAUAAUACCGAGGAGGUGAUUGGCAACUAUAUUCUCGGCAUGCUUGCCAACUUCGAAUCUCUGACAUUGGAGCGCAUGCACCAAAUGCUGACCAUGUUCUGUACGGAUCCACCGUUUCGUGGGACGCUCGGCGAUGUUGCGGCAUGUUUGAAUAGAUUGCUGGACGCUGGUUGCGUUCGUUACGAACGCGGACUCUACGCUCGCACUGGUUAA